AUGACAAAUGAAAAUAUAUUUGCGUCGUAAACUUCAAAAGUUUUUCAAAAUGCUCGUAAAUUAUAAUGUAGCUUUGUUCGUUGCUUUGAACUAACAUCAUGUCGGAAUGGUUACUCUUCCUUUACGCCUUUCUUGGUGUUAUUGUUUUAGUAAUGGCAUCGACAACUAUCUACACGAUCGAACAGAUGAUGGAAAAAAGGUCCGCAAAGACGGAAAAAGAUUUAAGGAAAAAAUCUAUUAUGAAGAAAGGGAAAGGUAAACGGAAAGUGAAACAAGUUAGUGUGGCGGAAGCAGAACCACCACCUGAAGAAAUCAAGCUAGAAGAGGAAGAUACAAAAAGUUUGGAGGAGAUAUUGAAAGAGAUUGACGCCAAACUAGACAAACACCAAGAGCUACAGAGGUGUUUGGCCAGACUGAAGAAGUUGAGGACAAAAUACCCUGAGGAUCCUCAAAUUUUAUGGAGAAUAGGCAAGAAUUAUCAAAAACUAGCUGAAAAGGAGAAAGACGUUCCAACUAAACUAAUCAAUGUUGAAAAAGGCAUUGAGUUUUGUCAAAGAUCCCUGGAUAUGGAAAGCAAGCAAGCAGACGCUCACAAGUGGAUGGCCAUCUUGGUGGGCUACAAGGGCCAGUAUCAGUCGACGAAGGAGAAGAUACAAUGCGGCAAACUGUUCAAAAAACAUUUGGACAUUGCUAUAUUUCUGAAUCCAUCUGAUCCCGUCUUGCAGCAUAUGGCUGGCAGAUUUUGCCUUGAGCUGGCUUCACUCUCAUGGGUCGAGCGAAAAAUAGCCAAGACCAUAUUUUCGGAUCCUAUAAACUGCUCAGUAGAAAUAGCCUUAGACCAUUUCUUGCAAGCUGAGAAGCUCAUGGGCCAGGAAGACUGGAAGGAAAAUAGAUUGCUCAUUGCCCAAUGCUAUAUCAGUAAAGGAGAGUACAAGAAGGCCUUAGAAUGGCUGGAUAAAGCGAAACUUGCCAAGGAUGAUUCGGCUGGGGAACCUAUCGAUAAGGAGAUAGAAGAGUUGUUACGGAAAUAUUCUAAAUAUAGAUGACGGUCGCACUAUCGGUUUUAUAUCGUUAAAUAAAGUCCAAAAUCUCAUUUGUAAAUAAAACAAAUUUCAAAUAG